CAGGCAGGAAGCUCUUGCAGAUAAGGCUGCAGCCUCCAGCAGAUUCGCUGGGCUGUCUGACAUCCCAGGCAGGGUUUCUCUCUGAGCUGGACUGCAGCUGGUCUCUGUAAAUAACAGCCAUGAGGCUCCUUGGAGCAGUGUCUCUGCCAGCCGGUGACUGUCAGGACAGCUCCUUCGCCUAGUGUGCAUCCAGGAGUCGGUGUCCUGCUUGCACUCAUGAUGAUGAGGGACCUGGCUCUUGCAGGCAUGCUGAUUAGCCUGGCUUUCCUGUCCCUGCUGCCAUCUGGAUGUCCUCAGCAGACCACAGAGGACGCCUGCUCUGUGCAGAUUCUUGUCCCUGGCCUCAAAGGGGAUGCAGGAGAAAAGGGAGACAAAGGAGCCCCAGGACGGCCAGGAAGAGUCGGCCCUACAGGAGAAAAAGGAGACAUGGGGGACAAAGGACAGAAAGGCACUGUGGGCCGCCAUGGAAAAAUUGGUCCCAUUGGCGCAAAAGGUGAAAAAGGAGAUUCUGGUGAUAUCGGACCCCCUGGCCCCAGUGGAGAACCUGGCAUUCCAUGUGAGUGCAGUCAGCUGAGGAAGGCUAUUGGGGAGAUGGACAACCAGGUCACUCAACUGACAACUGAGCUAAAAUUCAUAAAAAAUGCACUGCCCUCCCCUGCAGCUGUUGCUGGUGUGCGUGAGACUGAGAGCAAGAUCUACCUGCUGGUGAAGGAGGAGAAGCGGUAUGCAGAUGCCCAGCUGUCCUGCCAAGCCCGAGGCGGCACACUGAGCAUGCCCAAAGACGAGGCAGCCAAUGGCCUGAUGGCUUCAUACCUGGCACAGGCUGGCCUGGCCCGGGUCUUCAUCGGUAUCAAUGACCUGGAGAAAGAAGGUGCUUUCGUGUACUCGGACCGCUCCCCCAUGCAGACCUUCAACAAGUGGCGCAGUGGAGAGCCCAACAACGCCUAUGAUGAGGAGGACUGUGUGGAGAUGGUGGCCUCAGGUGGCUGGAAUGAUGUGGCCUGCCACAUUACCAUGUACUUCAUGUGCGAGUUUGACAAAGAGAACUUGUGAGAGCCGACAGGGGAGAUGGCCAUCUGAACCCCACCUUUUAUAGACACCAGCGGCCACAAACUAACCCUGAGCACCAGUCGCCAUGUCUGCGGGUUCCUCUCUGCAUGGAAGUGCCGGGCCUCAUUGACAGUUGGAAGGGCUGUUUGAACCGUAGGAGGGGAAGAAACCUUUCUUCCGGUGCUGUUCUGAAUAGGUGGCGUAUUAUCACCUUUGUCAGACGUUCAUUAUGGCUAACCACUCGGAAGGAUGCUGUGAAGCUCUUGUCUUGGUCCAGCAUAGUAAAUGUUGCAGCAGUCAUCAAACUGGCUAUAGGGGCAGGAGUUGCCGCCCACCCUAUAAAGUACACAAAGACUGCCCAGGUGGUGACCAAUGUUUCUAUAGGUUACGCUAUCACAUAGAUUCCUUUCACUAUUAUCCGGGUAGGAAGACUGCUGUUCUGCUUCACAUCCAUAUUUCAGGAAAACAAAUAAAUCCUCUGAUUUCUGCUAUGGAA